UACCUACUUCAUUAUAAAAUGGCGGUUGCCAUGACAACGUACUGCGUAAACAAAUCGAAGACUCAUAAGUACGCCCAAAACUCCUACUGUUUAUUUAAUUAAAAGUCAAGAGUUAUAUAAAAUGAUAUUAUCAAGAUCGAAACCGGCGUCCGAGAGUCGCUCGAGCACCGCCAGUAGCACAGUAAAGAAGAACUUUCCAGAACUCGAAGAUUUUCUCUUGAAGAGAGAUUAUGUCGGUGCGCUGACUAUGCUAGAGUUCUUAAAACACGAAGGCAACAAAGACGUAUGGUGCGACGUGUGGUCGGCGUGGUGCUGGUUCCAUCUCGGCGACUAUCAGCGGGCGGCAGACGCCUACAUCAAAGUCAGAGAUCACAACAAAAUGGAUGAAAGAAUAGCUGAUAAUAUAGAAAUGGAUAUUGCUGUGUGCUAUUUCUAUUUAGGGAUGUACAAGGAAUCGCAUGAAGCCGCCGAAAAAGCUCCAACAUGCACCUUGAAGAACCGACUACAGUUCCACUUGGCUCACAAGCUCAACGACGAGGAAGGUCUGAUGCGUACUCACGCUGCCCUUCGAGAUAUACCGGAAGACCAGCUCAGCUUGGCCUCAGUUCACUACCUGAGGGCUCAUUACCAGGAAGCUAUUGAUGUUUACAAGAAAUUGUUGCUCGAAAGACGAUACAAAAGAUAUGAAAAUGACGAUAUGGAUUGGAUUAAAGUUUUGACCCACACGAGCGGGAGCUACAUGGCAUUGAAUGUAUACGUAGCGUUGUGUUACUACAAGCUGGAUUACUACGACGUGUCUCAAGAGGUACUGGGGGUAUAUCUCGCCCAACAUCCUACCUCCACCGUCGCUGGAAACCUGAAGGCUUGCAAUCUUUUCAGGUUGUAUAACGGAAAAGCAGCAGAAAACGAAUUGAAGCUGAUAUCCUCAGACCAGCACACGUUUGGGCAGGAUCUGGUCAAGCACAACCUUGUCGUAUUUAGAAACGGCGAGGGAGCCUUGAAGACCCUCCCUGGACUAGUAGACGUGGUUCCAGAAGCGCGUCUGAACUUGGCCGGGUACAGGCUCCGCAACCGGGAGCCGCUAGAAGCGAGGGUCCUGCUAGAGCCCUUGCACCCCACGUCACCGCUACACUACAUACUGCGCGCUGUGGUCGCCGUCAGGAUAUACAACGACACUUCCGAUGACGAGCAGAUGAAGUUAGCCCAGCAGAGUUUCCAUCUUGUGGGCAGUUCUGCGUCGGAAUGCGACACGAUCCCGGGACGACAGUGCAUGGCGUCCUCUUACUUCCUCGCCGGACACUUCGAGGAGGUGCUGGUCUACCUGAACAGCAUCAAGAGUUUCUUCGUCAAUGACGACACAUUCAACUUUAAUUAUGCGCAGGCCAAAGUCGCAACCGGUUUUUACAGAGAGGCCGAAGAAUGCCUGUUGGCUAUACAGGACGAGAACAUGCGCAGCUCGUUUACUUACCUAGCCUGUCUCUGUCGAUGUCACGUCAUGAACAAGGACGCACAUCUCGCUUGGCAGAUAUGUGCUAAUUCCGCAGGCACCCCGGACAGCUUUGCACUGCUACAACUGGUCGCGAACGACAGCUACCGAAUGGGUCAGUUCCUGGUGGCGGCCAAAUGCUUUCACAUGCUGGAUCGUCUGGACGGCGGCCCGGAGAUGUGGGAGGGUCUGAGGGGAGCCGUGUGCGGAUGCGCUCAAGCUGCUGCAGCCAACAAGCCGGGAGCAGCUGCCGAACUGCGGGACGCGCUGGCUCUGCUCAAAGGACCAAGAGCUCAUCCGAGAGCUGACCACGUGGUCCGUCCUAUAGCUAAAUGGGCCCAGCAAAAUAGAAUACCGAUUUGAGACAUAUCUUCGAGCCUAUAAUUGUAUGAAAUAUAAGAGUUCGUUUGU